AUGGGUUCUUUUACUUCCUGUGACCAACGCCCAACGGCAUCGACUACCGCUGCUCCGCAUUCUUAUGAUGCUGAUAAGGUGCUUCGAAACUUUGACACCUCAACCCCCACCGCCGCCGUCAUUGGUGCCGGCAUUACGGGUGUGCACAUCGCCUACGAACUCGCUCAGUUGGGAUUCCGCGUAACAGUUUUCGAGCAACGCCGGGAUAUUGGCCUUGGUGAAACGCAAUACGCGCUUCCAUUUGUUGGUGUCGGUUUGCUUCAUCCUUACAUUCAUUCCAUUCGGAUGGGUCGCGAGCUGCUAUGGUCAAAACUGAAAUUGAACUCGAAAGACAUAGUAACUGUUGACUUCUCGUGGAAUUUCCUCUUCUCAUCCUUCAUCCACCGCUGGCUAUGGGCGAGGAAGUGGGGUAAGCUGAGAGCAGAAGAGGUGAUGAAGUAUACAAACAAUUUGGCACGCUUAAGUGUGGGUGUUAUUGAUGAACUUUCCCACAAACACAAAACCCUUGCACCGUACGUUCUAAGUCGGAACGUCACUGUGCAGACGUUGGAGGAGGGGCCUCGCGCCGAUAAGCGGGAAGCAAUACUGCACCAGGCCGCAACAGCCCAUCGUCAGCCGUUAAUGGUUGAUUUGGUGGGAUGGACACGCGAGCUGGCUAAAGUUUGUCGUGAGAAAUACGGUGUAGAAUUUGCAGUUGGCGAGAAACUUUUGGAUUUCAAGACGACCCUGUCCUUCGGAGUGGAAGUGGUGUCUGGUCUGCGUUUCUCACGUAACGUUGACGGGCGCGUGGAGUAUAAAAACCGGGUCUUUGACGUCGUUGUUCUUGCCGCCGGUGCACAAACGGGUGAGUUGACGUGGGAGUCGUCACAAAUCCCCAUCGUUGGAUUGGCUGGCUGCUCCGUUGCUCUGCGUCCUGGAGCUGGAGAGGGAGUUGGGGAGCUUAUGGGGAAGUUGCACCUCUCUUCACCCGGUUUGGUUAUGGUUUCUCCAGAAAGUCACCUUGUUUGCUACAGGACGUCAGCUAGUAAUGAUGCUGGUGGGGAAGUGCUUUUCCUUCAGGGUCUAUUGUCUCUGGACUGCACCGUAAGGACUUUGCCACGCGUUGGGAGAAUGCUUUCACGCAUAGAGGCACAUCUACGGGAGAAGUGCCAGAUUAAUAUCCCGCUUUUGCACCGCUAUCGUGAGUGUGGUGGGAGACAACAGCUGGAUGAUGGUAACACACACGUUGUGACGAGCAAUCCGGUAAUGCAUGCUGCAGAGUACAUUCGUUCUUCUACACCGGACGGCGUUCCGUUCAUUGGUGAUAACGGUGCCGCGUUUAAUUCUUUCAUAUGUGCAGGCUUUGGUGAUCAUGCUGCCGACAUGGCUCCAGGUGCAGCAAAAAUACUGGCGAAGUUUAUCGAAUUAAAAGCAUGUGCAAUGCAAAGACAGGAUGAAAAGACGAUGGAGCGCGACGGCUAUAAUAUUGCCGCUGUUAUGUCGGACGAGCGCGUGGAGAAAACGCGGCGAGAGCUGCAGUUACUCCUUAACGGCUGCCAGACUAUUGACGAUAUUCCCCCAGGAGGGGAAUUGGAGAACUUUGUGCAGCUUCCGUAUUCUUACACACGUUUUGAUGGGGUUGUGAAGGACCAAAUCCCCGAUGUGGCGCACGUUUCGCUUUUGCAGCGGGUGUCUGACAUGGAGAAACGUUUGCUUCAAACUUUUGCUCCCUGGGAGCAUUACAUCAACCAGCAGGCUAUCAAACUCUCGCGUCGCGAUAACGUCCCCGAUUGGCUGAGGACCAUUGUGUAUUACUACUUUCUGGACGAAAGUGACGAUCUGGAGAUGCUGAAGAACAAGCAGAAGUACGUGGAGGGAAUUCGCCGUAUACGUGAGCAAUUUGAGGAAGGUAAUGAAACGUCAGCCAGUGGGGCCACUCCGUCAUCGUCAUCGUAG